AGAUGGUUUGCUUUACAUCUAUUAGGUCAGCUAGGAUACCUGGUUUCUUUCAAACGUGUAUGUGUGUGUCUUUGCCUUCAUGUUCCUCUAAACCAGCGCUACUUAGUGCACUUAGUCCACUCUCACGCUUCUCUACUAUGCCCGCAGAUGUUGACCCAUUAUAACUGUUUUAGCCAUUACUAGCUAUUAUAAAUAGCUGACCUCAUUUAGGAAAUGUACAGAGCUGAGUCUGUCUGAAUUGCAACACAGGGCACUGGGUUGUAAUUAGGCUCAGGAACUGAUCUGAGGUCAGGGAACAUCACUGGAUUACCGUAAACCAAAUUUAUCAGGAAAAGAUUGGAGUGAUCUGAAAACUAAUGCUAACAUAAAAUGAAAAAAGAGGUAUGAGGCAUUGUUGAUGUUGAUCCAAAAAUGACUGAGCUGUUGAUGGAAAGUGUUUGACUGUCAUUACUUUACAGUUGCUUUGGAGCCAACACACUGAUUCAUAAAUUGAGGCUUGAUAUUAAUUCACAGUUACUAUGGUCCUUAACUGGUUUCACUAGCUUUUAGUGAUGAUUUACCAUUAAAAUAAUAUUGACUUAAUCUACAAAUCAGUGAAUUUUGUCUAUUAUGUUUGUUACCAGUAUUUGAUUAAAACCACCCGCAAAAAAGAAAAAAAACAUGUUACUUAACUUCAUACAAACACACCUUUGAGAGAAAAUGGCUAAAAAAAGAUGCCUUACAACUCCUGACCAUGGGUACCAACCAUGUGGAAGCAUGUGAUUAUGGUGCAAAUCAUUGCCAGUUAAUGCCAGUGUGCUGUCUGACCCACUUUCUCAGUGAUGUUGGCCAACACGCAGACAUGUUGCUACUGGAACAGCAGAUGCCACUGUCGCUUAAUGCACCUACACUCUGUCACUCACUCAGAUGAUGAAUAGUCUUUAAACAGAUGCUGUUUAAUCCAAUUCCAAAAUCAUGAUUCAGUUUUUGAUGUGGAACCAAACAGAACAGGAUGAGAUGAGCAAACUUAAGUCAUGAAAAAUCACUUUAACUGAGGUGUGGAGCAGUUGCAUUUAAAAGGUCGGAGCAGAAUGCCACACAAGUUCGCAUGCUGGCACCGGGGAACACUUCACUCUGUUGUCCUCUUAUCACCCCGCUGGCUGCUCGACUUCGUUCGGUCUCAACACCUCGCUUGCUGUGCCCCACCGCUCUACCUUCUUCCUCCUGCUGAUGGCAGACUGAACACUGGUCAUGCUGGUGUGUUGCUGGCUGAGAGAAGAGGCUCCUACCCGCUGAUUGACCUGCACAUCCUCAAAACCAGUGCCCAGCAGGGGGAGGUAAAGUCCGGCACCAGGAGAAAGGUGAAGCGCCUGCUGAGCUUCCAGAGAUACUGCCAUGCCUCCAGGCUGCUGAGGGGGUUGGUGCCCCACACCCCCGAGUCCCUACACCUACUGGACGAUGACUACCUGGGCCAGGCUGCGCAUAUGCUAUCAAAAGUGGGCACAUGGAACUUUGACAUUUUCCUCUUCGAUCGUCUUACAAAUGGUAACAGCCUUGUGACUCUGAUGUGCCACCUCUUCAAUGUCUACGGUCUCGUUCACCACUUCCAGCUGGACAUGGUCAAACUGCACAGGUUUCUGGGCAUGGUGCAGGAGGACUACCACUCCCAGAAUCCCUAUCACAAUGCCGUUCAUGCUGCUGACGUCACUCAAGCCAUGUACUGCUACCUGAAGGAGCCCAAGCUAGCAGAGCAGCUGAGCCCUCUGGAUGUGUUCCUGGCACUGAUGGCAGCAGCUGCCCAUGACGUGGACCACCCUGGAGUCAACCAGCCCUUCCUCAUCAAGACCAGACACCACCUGGCAUCCCUCUACCAGAACAUGUCGGUGCUUGAGAGUCACCACUGGAGAUCCACUGUGGGAAUGCUGCGAGAGUCAGGACUGUUGUCCCACCUACCUGCUGAUAUUUCGCAGGACAUGGAGCAGCAGCUUGGCUCUCUCAUCUUGGCUACAGACAUCAGCAGACAGAACGAGUUCCUGUCGACCUUCAGAGAACAUCUGGACAACCAGGACCUGGACCUUCAACUCGCAUCACAUAGGCACUUUAUGCUACAGAUUGCUCUCAAGUGUGCAGAUGUCUGUAACCCAUGUCGGGUUUGGGAGCUGAGCAGGCAGUGGAGUGAGAGGGUGUGUGAGGAAUUCUACAGGCAGGGUGACCUUGAGAGGAAGUUUGACUUGGAGAUCAGUCCGCUGUGCAACCAGCAGGCUGACUCUGUCCCAGCCAUCCAGAUAGGUUUCAUCUCGUACAUUGUGGAGCCUCUAUUUGAGGAGUGGCACCGCUUCACCGAGCCCAGCCUGCUCAGCCAGACUGUGAUGGGUCACCUGCACAAGAACAAAGCGCGUUGGAGCCGCCUACGAUUCGCACACACGCCCUCAGACACUCAAACAAACCCCCACGCUGAAGAGCCUGAGCCUAAGGGAGGAGGUGGAGAGGGGGAAGACAUCCCUUAAUCUUCCUCUUGCUUCUUGAGGUGUUUCAUCUUCAUUUCUAAAUGGAGAAGAGGAGUGUUUAUCUGCCUCCUAGUUUGUCCUCCAGCAUGUUUUAUCCCACAGCUGGUUGUUCACAGGCUCUGAAAGUGGGAGCGCUCGAUGGGAGUCUGGUUUGGGUUUGGUGAGAAAUGACUCCCUCUGCUGGAGUGGAAGAUUGUAGCACUGCAGGAAAAAAAAGGAGGAGAGAGAUGCACGGAAGAGCAAAUGGAUGCAUAAUCUUAGUAAAUAAAUGCCAAUUUGACAAAAUCUUGCUCUUUAAGUCUGUGAUAUCUGCAGGAGUAGUGGCAGAAGAUGGAUCAAUGAAGACAAAUAUAAAUCAGUGUUUGCACUAUGCUGCUAGAACAACAAAGAAAAGCCAAAAUUAUAUAUACAAGUCAGCUGGACUGUGCUGGAAAAGAUGACAUAGAAUAUAUGAGAGAAUAAGAGGAAUAUAUGAAUAUAUCCACUAUACUAUGCUUUUUAAACUUUUAAAGAAUACAUGUUAAGCUCUCUCCACUUUUUCUCUUUUUGUACAGCUUGCUGUUCUUCUGUUGGAUGCUAUUUCAUACAAGUGUCUCACUUGUCUACUUUUCACUGAAGUGCGUUUUUAACUUGAGCACUAAGCUGGUACAUCAAGGUACUGUAAACUGUAAAAUGUACUCUGUUUUAAUUGUGUAAGCUGUAAGACGGACUGAUAAAAUUAAUGACUGACACAAAGUGGCUUCAGCUCAACAGUUAGAUGUUGCUGAGUCGCUUGAACACUGAUUUAAAACUGUUAGCUGGAUGUUUUUGAACACAAAUGAGAGCCAUUUUUUUAAAAGUGUUUGCGUUCUUGUCUAAAAAAAAAAAAAAAAAAAAAAGUCUGUUAUAAACAGUAUAAUCUUUACAUACUGUGAUGUACAACCUCAGCAAUUGACAUGCCAAAAACUCAGCAAUGUAUUAACCUUUUUACUAGGUACCGAUAUCGAGAAAUAUAACUCUCCUCACACAUGGUGUUACCUUUGUAACAACUGAAUGGGUGCAUUUAUUUAUCUGAUAACCUCACUAUACAAGCUCACAUACAACAAAGCCUUAACAGCAAUUUGGUCUGUCUGUGAAACACAUUUUGUAAUGGUGUUUUACCACUUUCUGGACAAACUUUCUUACGCCGUCAAACGGUUUUCUGCCUGUUUUCCUUCAGCCAUACCAGCAUACUUAAACACACACGCACAUGCACACACUGUACUGUAGCAUGUGCGUGUGCAGCCUGUUUCCUGUUUGAUCUCUCACCAAGUAUCAGAAUUGGGUGUUAAAAUGGUUCGCAUUGCCAAGGUGCCAAUGUACUGUUCUGAUACAUCGCCUCACUGCUCUCUUACCUCUCAAAGGCUUUUAUAUUUUCUUCUUUUUACACCUCUGUAUAUUCUUUGGAUGCUGCAGGCACUGUGUGAACUGUAUCUUAUGUCAUGAUCAGACUUGGGCCAAUUAGUAACUGCAAAUACAUCCAGUUUCUAGUAUCAGGAUAUUUUAGAUGUCAGUAACACAAAAUUACCAUAAUUCAUCAUUCAGAAUAUAUACUGUACAGUCAUCAUUAUCUAAACUGGUACUUUGUUAUUAUCAUAUCUAUAUGGAGCUAAUUUAACCUAAAACAAAGCAUAAGUAUUAUUUGUAAAUGCUAGUUGGUCCAAGUAUAAGUUGUACCUCUAAAACAUUAAUUUUUCUACCACUCUGCUCCUAACAUGUAUAGAUAAGGUUGUCUCAUCUAAGGAUGAUGUUGAGGUUGUGUACAUGGUGCUAACAGAGGCCCAGGCCCCAUGUCUUCCCUGACCUACAGAGAAAUAACCUGAGCUUUAUGAUUCUAACAACCCAGCCGAUAUAAAGUAUAUUCUACAAUGUAUUCUGUAAGAUAAUCACAGCUCACAUAUUGAAAAGUUGUGUUCAUAAAAACUGUAAAAAGAAAUAGUUAAGAAUUUCUAUAAUUGUUUUUUUAAGUUACACUAGAGCUGUGAUGUAAGCCUUUUCUAUCAGGCGCAGUGCAAUAAAGUUAAGUCACUGGCCAAGUUGUAACAAAACGGCCAUUUUCAUAUCUAUCUAUAGAUAUACGGUAAAUUAUCCAGUAUAUUAUUCAUAUGUCUUCACUAUAGCACUCUAUUGGCUUUGCUGCAACUCUCAAAGCUAGCCAUACUAUCAUUUAAAGUUGUCACUGUUUUUGAUGUUGCUACAGUUAUGGAGAUUUACAGAUUAGCUUUGUAAAGUCAGACUUUAUCGACAGAUUUCUUUUAAUCUUACUCACCUCUUUGUGUACCGGAAGUUGCUGAGAAAGCUUUUUUUUGUUUAAACCUCCCUCCAAGGACAAGCCUUGAUCAUGUGUGCAAAAACUGUUAAGUGUUUGAAAUCAGAAUUUUGUGAAACAUCACUCUAUGCUACCUAAAAAUGGAAACAUUUAAUUCUUUGUACAGGUGACACAUUACUGCCUCAGUAUAGACCUCGAUAAGAUAGCAGAUAUGCUGCCUUGUAUUUCAGUACCUCUCAGAAUCAGCACUGAUACAGGGUCACUGAGCCAUAUUGAUUCCAGUAACGAGUACAAAUAUGUGCACCUUCAAUUAAAAGUGCAUGACAGAGGGCUUCAUAUACCAGAUACACCAUAAUUAUCAUCUUUAUGAAAGCAUAAAAUCAGUUGAUGGUCAUAAAGAGAUUCUAACAAACACCUGUUAUUACACAUCUUAGGGAAUGACAGACAAUAAACAAAAUUUAGCAGAAAUACCAACCUAUCUGUAAACUAUUAAGGGUUUUUCUGCAUACUGCAUGCACUGAGGUGGUGAUAUGUUUUCUUCCUGUUUUACUGAAGUUACUGUUUUCAAUCUUGGAUGCACUUCCACCCCAGAUUUUACUAUGUUGUCCAAUAAUACAAUUUCCAUCUUUCCAUGUUUGACCUGAACAGGUCAGAGUCAGUCCAUUGCCAGAGACGUUUAAGUGCUGGUAUUUCCAUUAUUUGUUCAUUUGUUUUACCUGAAUCAAGUCGACCUGAAUCAAGGUUUGACUGACGAGUUUGAUUCUAAAUCAAUCCAGCAUGUGAAAAACUUAACAUCUCAGUUAUUUAUCCAGCUUCUAGACUAGCUAGGAGGAAAAGUAAUUAUCAGCGUAAGAAUUAGCAUUUUACCGUCUUUAAAUAAAACUCUUCAAAUUGAGCCUGUUAUAUCCAAUAUGGAUACAACAAGAUGGACACUUAGGGUGUUAGCAACCCCUAACUAAUAUUGAGUUUGAGAUAUUACAAAUGUUUGCACUAUGGUCUACCAAGUGAUCCAAACAAGACUAACUGGUCUGAUCUGAAUCUCUGUAUUUGGGUGUUUGGAUCUGACGUCUUGACUGUAUGUUUCUGUUCUGACAACCAACCUCUGAGCACUGUGAACAAUAAAAUAAAUGUUUUUCAAUUAACACCA